CCGCAUGUGGUUUUGUUGUAAAUAUAAAAAGUUUAGAUUUUGUAUAAAAAGUGAUUCCUAUCGAUAAAAGAGGCGAGCUAAUUUAUCCUUAAAAAUGGAGGAUAUCCUCGAAAAGUUCAACACGGUCACUGAAAAGCCUGUAAAGUUUUUAACCGUUCAAAAAGAUGUUAAAGAUGACAUCACGAGUUUGGUUAAAUCUCUUUACGACCUUACAAAAUCGGAAGAAAUUAGUGAUGGGAAGAAGAGAAAAGGCUCUGCUCUGCCUAAAUUGAUAGUUAAAGAUUUCGACGAAGAGCAGAUAUGGCAGCAAAUAGACCUGCAAAACACGCAGAGUUGGGAUCAACUCGUAUGGGACGUAGCCAACAGCAUGUCAACAAAGAAGGAUCUCACCUUCCCUGUGAAGAUUAAAGAAGAAGAAAAUGAGCCAGAAGAAGACGAAGAAGAUGAAGAAACGGAGACUAAGGAUCAAUCUGAGGCAGAAGAAGAAGAAAUGGUAGUUAAACCUAAACCUAAAAAGUCUCAGAAGUCUAAUCUAAACAAGAAGACCAAAAGUUCAAUAGUUGAUGACAAAUUCUUCAAACUGAAUGAAAUGGAGCAGUUCCUUCUUCAGGAAGAAAAGGAGAAGAAAGCAGCUUCUGACUCGGAAGACUCCAUUGACUUAUUUGAAGAUGUGGAUGGUGAAUCUGGUGAUGAGGGUGGUCAAGGCAUGUAUAAUGACUUCUUUGAUGGUGAUGAUGAUGGUAACGAUGAUAAUGACCAAGAUGAUAGUGGAAAUGAUGAAGAGAGAGACCUUGAAGAGGAAUCUGAAGUAAAAGAUAAAAAGUCAAAGAAUAAGGACAAAAAAGUCAGAUUUGCUGCUAUGGAAGAUAGCGAGUCUGAUGAUGGAGAUUCUGUUGAAAAUGAUGAGCCAACUAAAAAGGAUAACAAUAUAGAUGAGCAUAAGUCAGAUUUUGAGCAUAGACAAGAUCGCUUGAAGCAAACUAUAAAUAGACUCGAAGAAAAGAUGCUUAAAGAAGCACCCUGGCAGUUAAAAGGAGAAGUAGAUGCUAUAAAAAGACCACAAAACUCUUUACUAGAGGAGGUAGUUGAUUUUGAUUUAACUUCUCGUCCACCACCUAUCAUUACGGAACAAACCACAGUUACCCUCGAAGAUAUCAUUAGACAAAGAAUCAAAGAUAAAGCAUGGGAUGAUGUUGAAAAGAAAGAAAAACCGGUUGAUGACCAGCUACAGUUCCGUAAAACGGAAAUCAUUGACCAGUCAAAGAGCAAACUCAGUCUUGCUCAGGUUUACGAAGCAGAAUAUUUGAAGCAGAAGCAAGCAGCGUCAGGAGAGAAGGAGGAAGAGGAGGAACCGGAAGCGCAUAAAGAGGUUAAAGAAGCUAUGAAGAAAUUGUUCGCUAAACUUGAUGCUCUCUGCCAUUAUCACUACACACCUAGAGCUCCACAAGCGGAAGUUAAGAUUGUUAGUAACACUCCAGCUAUAUCUAUGGAAGAGGUUGCACCGGUAGCUACCAGUGAUGCAGCAUUACUAGCUCCGGAGGAAGUCAAGAAGAAGCAUAGAGGCGAGUUGAUUAGUAAAGAUGAGAGGAGCACAACCGACAAGAAGAGGGAACGAAGGAAGAAAAAGCAACAGCAGCGUAAGAAGGGUACCGUUGCCAAGGUUACGGAACAUAGGAAUACUACAAAGGGAGUGGAAGCGAAUGAUAAAUCUUUGAAGACAUCUAAGGCGUUCUUCCAGCAGUUGAAUGAUGAAGCAACUAGUAUAAUUAAGAAAAAACGUAAAAAUAAAGGACAAUGAUGAGUGUUUGUUAGAUAAUUUGUAUUUGUAUUAAAUGUGAAAGACUAUGUCUUGUUGAUAAUA